CAUCCUCGCCGGCCAAUGGAGGCAGGAGAGCGGUGGCGACCACGUGGGGCGCAGGCCGCAAGUAGUACGGGGGCGUGUGGCCGGGCGGCCUCGGGGCGGGCGGGCCCGGCCGCGUUGCCGGGUUACCCGGUGCCUGAGCGGCCCCUCCGCCAAUCGCGGCGGGGCGGGGGCGGGCGCCGUGACGGCUGCGGGGCGGCGGUGGCCGGGAGGGCUCAGUCCGGCCGCGGCAGCCUCCGCAGCAUGGUGGUUCCCGCCGCGCUCCCGGCCGCCGGCCUCCUCUACUGGGUGGGCGCGCUGGGCGCUCUGUACGCGGCGGCGCUGGCCUCGUACCGCCUUCUGGCCGGCCUCCGCGUCUGGGUGCUGGGCAGCGGCGCUGCCGCCGUGGGGCCGGCGCUGGGCGCCUGGGCAGUGGUCACAGGAGCUACUGAUGGGAUUGGAAAAGCGUAUGCAGAAGAGUUAGCAAAACGUGGAAUGAAGGUGGUUCUAAUCAGUCGGUCGAAAGAAAAACUGGACCAGGUUUCUAAUGAAAUAAAGGAGAAGUACAAAGUGGAAACAAAAGUCAUUGUGGCAGACUUUGGAGAGAGAGAAGAUAUUUACAGUAGAAUCAAAGCAGGAUUGGAAGGCCUGGAGAUUGGUGUUUUAGUUAACAAUGUGGGAAUGUCGUAUUCUUACCCUGAAUAUUUUAUUGAUGUUCCAGAGCUGGAUAAGACAAUCGACAAAAUGGUCAACAUUAACAUCAUGUCUGUUUGUAAGAUGACACGAUUGGUGCUGCCCGGCAUGCUGGAAAGAUCAAAAGGGAUAAUCCUGAAUAUCGCAUCAGCUGCUGGGAUGUAUCCAACUCCACUACUGACUCUUUACUCUGCAACCAAGGUUUUUGUGGAUUACUUCUCCCAAGGCCUCCAUGCAGAAUACAAGAGCAAGGGCAUUAUUGUGCAGAGUGUUCUACCAUAUUAUGUGGCAACAAAAAUGUCAAAAAUCCGCACGCCGACCUUUGAUAAGCCCAGUCCUGAAACAUAUGUCAGAGCUGCCUUGAGCACAGUAGGCCUGCAGUCCCGGACCAAUGGGUGCCUACCUCAUGCACUCAUGGCAUGGGUCUUCUCUCUUCUACCUACGUCUACUGCCAUUAACUUAGUCAUGAAAACAAACAAACAAAUACGGGCUCGUUAUUUGAAAAAAAUGAAGCAGAAGUAAACUGGAGACAACUUGAUCUUGGAAGCCUGGGACUCCUGCAGGUUCUAUACCUGCAGCAUCAAGUAGACCUAAUGUUUUAAACAUCUUCAAUAGUAGGUGUACUUUCUAACAUGCAAAACAGUCUUGUUUUCAGGAUACAGGUGAAACAAAACUGUUGAUUUUCAAUAUUGAUUUAAAAAUAGGCUUUAUUUGUUUAUAGAUAUUAUGAGGGGGGAAGUGCUUUGAACUAAAAUUGCACUGUGCUUUAAGAAAUACUUUCAUGGACUUGAUCAGACAUCGUGCUGUUGAGGAACAUCUUGGUUAUAUCGUGUCCAUCACAUCUAUGUAUUGUGCUCAUGGGUGAAGGGCAGAAAAAGAGUAGUACUCACAGGUGGGCAGGAGAGGGAAGGGAGCAUAUUUAUCUAAAAAGGUAACCUAGCACUAUUUCCAGAGUAUUGACCUCUUUCUCAGCUCAGGUUUUGGAUUCUGCACUGUCAGCCAGCUCAUGAAUGCUCCCCUGCUUACAUAGUCCAGUGUGAUUUUUUGGUUAUGAACUUGAGGGAAAUGGGCCAAAACAAAAAAAAGUGUAAUAGCUCAUCUAUAAAUAUAUACAUAAAAUAACAUUGCAAAAAGAAGCUAAAUUCUUGGGUCUUGAAUAUGGAUUCUACCUUUUCAGUAAUAUGUAAUCUUCACAAUUUGUAAUAACAUUUUUAAAAGUUCAGUGCCUGCUCUUUGUAAUAGAUGGUGAUAACACAAUGUAGAUAAAUGUCACAAGUUACACGUUAUAUGCUGGUUGCUAUGUAAAAGAUUAUGGGUACUUUAAAUACAGAGCUUGAAAUGAGUUACUCUCCUUGCAACGGUGGUUAAAUUCUUUCUGAAGUAUGUAUCAGUCUGUCUUUUUGGUGAGGCCCUUUGAAAUGUGAAUCCUGAAUAUUUAGACAGCUUUAAAAGUGAGAACCAGUAAACUUUUCAAAAUGUAGAACAUUUUUAGUUUAGUCAUGUUAAAAUUAACUGAUUUGUUUCAUGGUUCUAUUCUAAAAUGGAGUGCUCCAGUGAGGCUCAAGGUACCUGACUCCAGGACACAGGGAUCAGAGAACAUGAGAGAAGUCUGCACUGCUGUCUUCUGCAUUUGCCUAGUCUUUAUUUAAAGAUUUUGAUCUCUAACAUUCCUUUUUAUAAAAAUAAAAUGUAUAAAACUUGCAAGGCAAAUGAAACUGUAAGCAGCUACCACUGUUUUCUGUGGUGACUUCCUAUGGUUGAAAAGGGGAGAUUGUUUUCUAUCCUUCAAAGAAAAAUUUCAAGCUCUGAUUUUGAAGUAAAAUGUAUUGCACUGAGACGUGAUUUGGGGCUAACAUUUCUGUACAUUGAAAAAACCUGAAUACCGAUGCAAUGGUGCUGAUCAAAUCUGAGAUGCAGAUCCUAUCCCAUAGUUUUCUUAAUUUUUUGGAACAGGGAUGGUAAAGUCAGUGGUAUUAGUUCUGUAAGAGCACAUGAUUUGGUUUGCUCUGGAUCUGAUGUGGAAGCAUUGGACUAAAAAAUCUGUAUGUUUUUGACUUUGUAAAACAAAUAAAAUGGAACUUACUCUGA